CGCAAUUGUUCACAUUGACGCUAAGGUUGCUACAUACUACAGACUGCAGUGCUGGUGACAUGGUUAUUCUUGUCACACCUUUGGCAGUUGAUCUCUAAGCGCCCAGGCCCAAUAGCGCCCGCAUUUCUCCUCUUUCUAGCCUCCGAUCCGGGCGCUACCAACAUCGCCCCUCCACGAAUGACAUCCCAGAACGCCAUCUUUAACCCGGCCAACGUGAUGCCUCUUGCAGGCCCGUGUCUUGGACCGAAUGAUAAACCAAUCCCAAGCUCCCAGUCACUGUGUCUCUCCGCCUCUCGGGUGCAACGCAUAGCCUCUGGCUCGCCAGACUGGACAGUCUUCCACCUGAACAGUGACCCUGGAUGGUCGUCGCUGCGGGCGUUGUCACAUCGUGCUCUGCGAUUUGACUCGUCAGACUGGACCUGCAGUCCCCGCCAUCCUCACCAUGCAAGCGCCAUCGCAGGAACUGCCCAUGCCCUCAGUCUGGCACUCAAAAACUCCCGCCAACCCUCCUGAUUCACGGUGGCUUGUGUUUCAAUGAUUCUCAUUCCUGCUCCCGAACUGAACUGCUUCCUUCAGUCGCUGAGACUGAAACCUUCGGAAAAGCUGCUGGCAAGCUUUGA